AAAGUUCCAUUAGUGCUGCUGGAUGAUCAGGUGGGCAGGUCCCUUGCACAAGUAAAUCUGGACAGCUCCUCCCCUCACUUCCUCUCUUUUCCUCUUUCUCAACAUCCUGGGGCUUAGUAUUGUGUGCAAAAUCAGAGAGGGGUGCAGGACCCUGAUUUUCCAGGAGUUCAAGCGACAAUGGCAGCCCAAUUCGGCAGUGUGAGCUUCAACCCCAGCACACCAGGGGCCAGUUAUGGGCCUGGAAGGCAAGAGCCCAGAGAUUCCCAGUUGAGAAUCGUGUUAGUGGGUAAAACUGGAGCAGGAAAAAGUGCAACAGGAAACAGCAUCCUUGACCAGAAAGUGUUUCAUUCUGGCAUUGCAGCAAAAUCCAUUACCAAGAAGUGUGAGAAACGCAGCAGCUCAUGGAAGGAAACAGAACUUGUCGUGGUUGACACACCAGGCAUUUUCGACACCGAGGUGCACAAUGCGGACACAUCCAGGGAGAUUGCUCGCUGCAUUCUCCUGACCUCCCCAGGGCCUCACGCUCUGCUUCUGGUGGUCCCAUUGGGCCGUUACACUAAGGAAGAGCACAAGGCCACGGAGAAGAUCCUGAAAAUGUUUGGAGAGAGGGCUAGAAGAUUCAUGAUUCUUGUAUUCACCCGGAAAGAUGACUUAGAUGGCACCAAUUUGCAUGACUACUUAGGGGAAGCUCCAAGAGACAUUCAAGAGUUGAUGGAUGUUUUUGGUGACCGCUACUGUGCAUUCAACAACAGGGCAACAGGUGCUGAGCAGGAGGCCCAGAGGGCACAGUUGCUGGCUCUGAUCCAGCGCGUGGUGAGGGAGAACAAGGGAGGCUGCUACACUAAUAGGAUGUACCAAAGGGCCGAGGAGGAGAUCCAGAAGCAAACACAAGCAAUACAAGAACUCUACAGAGUGGAGCUGGAGAGAGGGAAGGCACGGAUAAGAGAGGAGUAUGAGGAGAAAAUCAGAAAGCUGGAAGAUAAACUGGAGCAAGAAAAGAGAAAGGCGCAAAUGGAGCAAAAACUAGCAGAACAGGAGGCUCUCUGUGCUGUAAGGCAGAAAGGGGCAAGAAUGGAAGUGGAGAGUCAGGAUAGGAUACUUGAAUUUAUCAUGAAAGCAUUAGAGAUUGCUUCCUCUAUUUUCUUACGGCUGUUCGCGGAAGACUAAACUUAAUGAAAAUCUGUUGUAUUUUCUGUAUAUUCUCUGGCAACCUUGCCCCAUACUUACUCAUUUAGCAUAGUCAGAGUGCUCUGGUUUCUGUCUCUCAGGCACUCAUAACUAAGGACCACCAUUGGCCAUUAGUAGAUAUUUGAUUGACUUAACAAGAGAGGGACAAAUUUUCAGUUUGUGAAACUCCAAAGCAGAAAGUAUUGGUGCUUACUGCCUUGUGAAAUCUUCCUUAGUCACACAGAGAAAAUGUAUGCAAGAGACCAAAGAAGAUGGCUCCAAGCUAUAUCAUGUAAAUAUAAUAAAUAAUCUAAUAAAUAAUAUAAAAAAAUCUAAUAAAAUAUUUUCUUCUAGAUUCUUUCUAUAUUAGCAGAUAAUCUCCCUUUGUAGCUUCCACUCACUCACUCUUGCGUUCAGUCACAGUGAUCAUGUUACCCAUGUGGUUUGUUAGAAAGAAAGAUCAAUUAUUUGUUUGCAGUAGGUAAUCUUAGAGAUGGAGAUGAUUGUAGAAUUAUUUCUAGAUGAGUGUCAAUUUAUUUAAUUCCAUUGUCAUAUAAGGAGUCAAAUUGUUUCCUAUCAUUUGCUUGUUAAAGAACAGAGACGUGUCUGGAAAAUCGAUCUCUACAAAUUCAACUAAAUAAUGAUCCCCAAUGCUGAAAGAGUGAAAGACAGCAAUUCAACAGGUAAUACAGCAAUGUUUAGUAUAUUCAGGUGUCUCUGUAGAAACUCUUUGACCAACCUCAAUUUAACCAAUUUGAUGAAUACCCGGUUCUCUCCUUUUCUUGAGAAAGAUAGUUGAACCUCAUCUCCCUCACUCAACACUUUGAAUACUAAUUGUUUGGCAGGUUAUCCACACACUUCUGCCCCCACUGCAUUGAAUUUUUUGCUUAUUGUGUUUAUAAUAAAACUUUUCAAUUAUCUCAUA